GUCUCUCCGUUUCGAAACCUUUUCACUGUCAUCUUUGUCUUCAGAAUUCUGGUCGAUUAAUUGGCUUUCGAGCACUUACUGUCUCUAUUAUACUUUGUUAAUCCUUGUGAGACCGACAACCAGCCUCGGUCUAUCUAUUCCUUCACUCUUUUAACUAUAAUUUUCAAGAAUCAGACAUCCUGGAGAGAUGAGAAAUUCUAGUUGGAGAAGCCUGUUGGCUACAAGCUUGUUUGCUGCGGGGUUGCAGGCACAAACGUUGGAUUCGGUUCUUUCUGGGGAAAAGACCCUGUCAACCUUUUAUUCUCUAGUACAGAAAUAUCCCGAUAUCAUAAAAGGGUUACCUUCUGGCGCUACGGUUCUCGCUCCAAACAAUGCCGCAUUCGUCAGGAACGACCAAUUCGUCAAGAAUUCACCCGAUUUCAUCACCAGUGUGCUCCAGUAUCACAUGCUCCAAACUAAAGUACUAGCCGGAAACCUGGUCGCUGGCACCCCUGUCUUCACAGAUACACUUCUACCCAGCUGGACUAAUAUCACUGGCGGUCUGAGAGUUGAGAUCCUCAAACAAGGGGGGAACGUAGUCGCUCUUGUCGGCGGCCAAGGCAGCCGAAGCACCCUCGUCCAGGGCGACCUCCCCUUCACCGGCGGCGUCGUCCAAAUCAUCGAUGCCCUCCUCGUUCCGCCUGGAAACAUCACCAUCACCUGCCAAGAAUACAAUUUCACCUCCUUCGAAGGCGCACUCUAUGCCGCAGACGUGCUUGCCAAAGACUCCACCACCGCAAACCUCACCAUCUUCGCGCCACAAAACGCAGCCUUCCAAGCCCUAGGCUCCGCAAUCACAAGCAUGAGCUCCUCCGACCUCGCAAAAAUCAUGGACUUCCACACCCUGAACGAAGUUAUCUACUCCACGUCCUUCGAAAAUAACACCGAGUUCACCACUAUCGAAGGCGGUAAAUUGACCGUAAGCCGAACAGGCAACAACGCGAUCUUCAUCAACUCCGCUCAGCUCCUAGCCCCAGACAUCAUGAUUGGAAAUGGGGUAUUGCAUGUCGUCGACAACGUGCUGAAUCCGUCAUCUUCGGGAACGCCCGUGGAGAGUUUGGCAACGCAAAUGCCGGUCUUUGCAAGUGCGAGCAGUGUCACGAAUUUGCCAUUUACGAGUAAUAUUCUGGUUUCGACCACUUCGGCGUCGGGGGGGACGGCGCUACCGACUACUACGAGUGUGAAGUCAAGUAGUAGUAAGGCGUUGGCGGCUGCUAUUGCGAGGGAGACGGGGUUUGCGGCGGGGUUGAUGGUUGCGAUUGGUGGAGCUGCGAUGUUGAUUUGAUAUAUGGUUAAAACAGUGCUUGGUGUCGCUGUUCUGUUUUGUCUUGUGCAAAAAGUUUGUCGUAGUUGGACAGGUUCAACUGCCAGCUAUUACUUCCUGCCGAUGUGCACUCCAAACCGAUUUAAAGCCUUUAUGUUGCGCCCGAUGUGUAUUGAAACAACAUUAAUGGUGGAAACUAAGUAGAACUUAAUGUAUUGUCACAUGUAUUUGAGCAGUCUGAAGUUUUGGAGGUGUUUAAGAUGAAGCGAGGAUAUGUUGCAAAUUUCCUCUCCAAAUAUUUCC